AAGUGAAUAGUAUCAGCAUUCGGCUCGACUGGAGUCCCAUCUUUAAUAUUGUACGGUUUACUAUUUGCUAAAAUCGUUAUUUGUAAUAAACAAUAGUACUUUAACUUUCGUAACAACUUUUCAUUAAUUUCCAGAAUAACUGUAGAUACUAAAUGAGCAAUAAAACGUUGACACGUCCGUCGUUCCAGCCUAUGGCAAGAUAUACGUUUUGCUAAUCGCAAUGUUUUGCAAUUGAUUACCAGUCGUGUAAGUGGCCCGAUUAAUAUGGCCCACCGGGGCAUCAAGAACGAUGGCUCCAAGUUGCUGGAAGUCUUGCAGAACGACUUCAAAAAUUUAUCCAUGGAGACGAAAAAAAAAUAUCCACAGAUUAAAGAGGCAUCUGAAGAAGCUAUUGUCAAACUAAGAAAUUCUAUGUCUGACAGUCAACAAACACCCAUUUAUUAUGUUAUUAAUCAAAUUCUAUAUCCUAUCGUUCAAGGCUGUGAAACAAAAGAACCUAAAACUGUUAAAAUGUGUCUAGGAAUGAUUCAGAAACUCAUUACUUAUCAAGCAGUUGAUCAAAAAGGCGCAAGAUACAUAACAGAUACUUUAUGGAUGCUCAUGGAAUCUGGUACCGAACAAGUAAAAGUAUUGCAGAGCGUUACUUUGUUAUUGACUACUAAUUCUGUGGUUGAAGGCGAAACACUUGCGAGGAAUUUAGUAUUGUGCUUCAGACUGCAUUUUACUAAAGAUUCUACUGUUAUUAACACUGCCGGGGCUACAGUUAGACAGUUGGUGUCUUUAGUGUUUGAAAGAGUCAUUUAUGAAGACCAGCAAACUGAUAAUAAUGAUAAUAAUGAACAGAAUCAUAGUGAAGUGGAUUUUGACGAACUGAAAGUAUUAUCUAGUGUGCCACCCAAAAGGUUAAAACCCUGUGCAGCAGAUGCUUACCUCAUGUUUCAAGAUCUUGUGCAGAUGGUUAAUACAGAUCACCCGUAUUGGUUAAUUGGUAUGACUGAAAUGACGAGGACGUUUGGAUUAGAAUUAUUGGAAUCCGUGUUGGCUAAUUUUCAAUCAGUUUUCUAUAAACAUACGGAGUUCAGUUUUCUUUUAAAAGAACGAGUUUGUGCUUUAGUUAUAAAACUGUUUUCCCCCAAUAUCAAGUACAGAAUGACUGGUAGCGGUACUGUGUCAUCAUCUAAUGUACAACACCACCAAAUGGCCCCCUUGGAUAAACCUCAUUUUCCUAUUACAAUUAGAUUAUUGCGAGUUGUUUCGAUUUUAAUUAGAAAAUACCAUAAGUUACUUACAACUGAAUGUGAAAUAUUUUUAUCGUUGAUCGUAAAGUUUUUGGAUUCGGAUAAACCAAUUUGGCAACGGUCAGUUGCACUAGAAGUAUUGCACAGGUUAAUCGUCGAACAGGAUUUGUUAGCUUCGUUUUGUGCUUGCUACGAUCUAAAAAUGCAUAGUACUAAAAUAUUUCAUGAUAUUGUCAAUUCCUUGGGAAGCUAUGUACAGUCAUUGUUUCUUAACACGUCUCCUAUGAUGAUGAACAAUAUGGGUAAUCCUUCUGUACAAGCACAACCACCUACAGUAUUGGCUGGAAUGCCGGUUGGUCCUGGAGUAUCCCCUCAACCAGGUUUUUUUUCUAGAGGCAUAUGGUUGCCUGUAGUCAUUAACUUUCCAACUGGUCAAGCCAAAUCAAUUUAUCUAGACAUGAAUGAUAAGGUUGAACCACCACCUGUACCUGAUGGUUAUGGGAUCUCAGUGGCAUAUGCAUGUUUGAUUGAUGCAGUACGUGCAAUUCAAAUAGAAGUACAGCCUGACAUUAUAAGUGGGGAAAAUUUGGACGAAAAUUGUACUAAUGCAACAACUUCAGGCACUACUUCUAUCACUAUUGAAACUAAUGGUGUAUCUGAAUCAAACGAAUGCAAGAAUGAAUUACACAAACAACUUAUUGAUUCUAGUUGGUGUGGACUGUUAAGCGCAUUCAGUCCUUUAAUGGAAUCAUGCACCGAUGAAAGUAUUAUGGAAAAUAUGUUGAAAGCUAUGCAAGUGUACACGAGUCUUUGUGGCCUGUUGGACCUUCAAGUGCCACGAGACACAUUUAUUACAGCGGUGUGCAAAGCAUGUUUACCACCACAUUAUACUUUAACAGUUCUGAAUACAUCAGCUCAAUCAAUAGGUUUUCAGUAUUCUAAUGAUGAUUCUCAAUAUAAUUCAUAUGGAACAGAAUCGGAUUACAAACAACAAGUAGUUGCUGUUGGAACACCUUUAGCUACUUUAUCGCUAACUUCAUCUGGACUUAAUCAAGGCCCCGUUAUGCUCACUGCUAAAAAUUUGCAGUGUAUGAGAGCUUUAUUAGUGCUGGCACAUUGUCAUGGUUCAAUAUUAGGUUCAUCAUGGCACCUUGUAUUGACAACACUACAGCAUCUCGUAUGGAUUCUCGGUCUUAAACCUUCAACUGGCGGAAGCUUAAAAGCAAGCCGUCAAGGGUCUGAUGCUAACGCUGUUAUUACCACAGCCGUAAUAGCUGAUUUGCCGGUCCUAUCAACAAUGCUUAGUCGUCUGUUUGAAUCAAGCCGAUACUUGAAUGACGUGGCUUUACAUCAUUUAAUUGAUGCACUUUGUAAAUUAUCUCACGAAGCAAUGGAAUUGGCUUACUGCAAUAGGGAACCAUCGUUGUUUGCUGUCGCUAAACUUUUAGAAACUGGUCUUGUAAAUUUGUCACGUAUUGAAAUUUUGUGGAGACCAUUAACUAAUCAUAUGCUGGAAGUGUGUCAACAUCCACAUAUUCGUAUGCGUGAAUGGGGAGUCGAAGCAAUAACAUACUUGGUCAAAGCUGCAUUGCAAUUUAAAUAUCAGCCACCAUUGAAGGAUAAUCAGCGUUUACAAACAUUACUGUUGAGUCCUCUAUCUGAAUUGUCAUGCGUAAUGCAUGGUGAUGUUAGACAAAGACAAUUGGAAUGUGUUCUACAAGUGUUACACGGUUCCGGAGAAACAUUGUCUCAUGGAUGGCCACUGGUCCUCAACAUUGUUGGUGCAGUUUCCGAUAGACACGGUGAAAAUUUGAUAAGAAUUGCGUUUCAAUGUCUUCAAUUAGUUGUUACUGAUUUUUUGCCUUUGAUGCCUUGGAAUUGUUUACCCCUUUGUUUAGAAACCACAUCCAAGUUUGGUUUGCAAACACGUGAACUGAAUAUUUCACUAACGGCCGUUGGGUUAAUGUGGAAUGUAGCAGAUUAUUUUUAUCAAAAUAAAGAUAAAUUAUCGCAAUCACUCUGUGACGGUUCAGUAGUGUUUCCAGAUUUUCCUGGAGUAUCUGAAAUGCCAGAGUUCGAUAAACUUUGGAUGUGCUUGUUCACCAAAUUGGGCGACCUGUGUAUUGAUCCUAGACCGGCCGUUCGUAAAUCAGCUGGUCAAACAUUGUUUUCAACUAUAUCGGCUCAUGGGGGUCUUCUCAGCCAAUCAUCUUGGAAUGCAGUUUUGUGGCAGGUAUUAUUCCCUUUAAUGAACAAAGUUCAAAUAUUAUGCAAUUCGGCUAGCGAUACCAAAGUAGAGUCUGGUGGAAAUAUACUUAUUCAUCAUUCUCGUAACACUGAUCAAAAACAAUGGGCUGAAACUCAGGUUUCAACACUGUAUGGUUUGGCACGUGUUUUUAAUGCUGAAAAAUACACAAUUUGUAAAGUUGGAGACUUUAUAAAAGCCUGGUCAUAUUUGUUAGAGUUUGUGGAAAAUGCAGCAACAAAUAGGAAUGUGGAGGUGUCAUUGGCUGCGUUGCGUUCAUUGCACGAGUUGCUGUAUAUAAGUGACCCCAAAGAAAUGGACAAUGAAUGGCGAGAAAACAAUGCCGAGAAACAUGUUGAACUACCGGUAGAAAUAUGGACUAUUACCUGGAAAGUUUGGUUACGAAUAGCUACAGAAAGCCAUCAAGCGGAUCGCAUACCUUCUCAGUCAUUUUUAACAGCGCUUGUACAAAUUUUCCCAUGUAUUUUUGUACACAUUAAAAUGAGAUUCUCUGAAACGGACUUGGUCAAUUUCUUUCGUGUACUUGAUAUGACUGCGGAAUAUCCAGUGCGCGGUGAAAUGACUCCAACAAUGCUUUCUGAUAAUAUGGCUCUUACACGCUUACAAGAGGAAAUAUUGCAUUGUUUAGAUCUUUUACAAAAAGAAACACUGACUAACAAAGAUACAUUAAAUAAAUUCAUUUGCCCUUUGUUUGAACAAGUUUUAAAAUUCUGUCGGUUUGUCUAUCGAUUUCCAGAUGAGAUAAAUGGUUCCAAGUCGUCCGAUCAAAAAUACGAUAUCAAUUAUAUUGCAUUUGGUGAAAAAUCCAUCCUUGUGGUGGUCGAUCUCUAUCGGAUGUCAGCAUCUGAACCAGUUGUCAUUAAAGGCAGUAUAUUAAAACAAAUUAUCGAAAUAUUUUCCAUACCAUUAGCAAAGAGGUACGAAACAGGUCAACAAAACACGUGGAAGCUUAGCGUUGUCAGUUUGUUGAACGUUUUAGCUAUUGGAAUACCUCUGGCUAGAAAUAAUUAUAAAGACUUUUUGUCGAUAUGGUCGCCUUUGGCUACUGUACUAGAGGAUAUAUUAUUUCCAAAGACCAUGCCUUCAAAGCAUCAAAAAGUCGAUGAAGCUAAUGAAAAUGAGGCUAUUGAUUGCCAGUUGGUAGAAUUCCUUAAGGAAGAAAUUCUAUCACAAGCUACUAAUGUACCGAGGGAGUUUAUUAUGAGAAUAGUUGUAUUACUAAAUAAGGGCUCUGUGUUGUCCUCACAUACAAACUACUCUUACGGUUAUGAAGUAGAUUGUCGAUUAAGAGAGGAAUUUGCCAAAGUGUGUUUUGAAACAUUAUUACAGUUCUCUCUUGUAGAUGGAAUUUCAGUAGAUAACGGAAAUUUGUUUGUUGUAAAUAACGCUACUACUGACGACGAAAAUACUGAAGUGAUAACAGGAAAAUUGGCAGUUACAGCGCUUUUGCAUCGGUUUCAAGAAGUCGUAAAAAAAUAUUGUCAUGACCAAAAUUUAACAGGAAAAUGUCCUUUACCAAGAUAUAGGAUGUCUGAAAUAUCGUUUGUUUUAAAAGCGAUUACUACUCUUAUAAUUUCUCUAAAAAAGACACCUGAUAAAGUAAACAAAGCAGUUUGGGAUCAAUUAGUUCAACUGUACCCUUCUCUCGUGCAAUGCAUACCAUAUACAAACUCUCCUCAAGUUACGGACUCCUUGACGGAAGCUCUACUUCAGUAUUGUGAUUUGCUCAAGUCUCCUGUUGAAUAACUGCUUACUGUAAAAUACACUGCCGUCAUGUUUCAUUAUUUAUACAGAUAGAAUAUGCUUACAUAAUAGAACCACCGGAUAGCUUUCAUCGCCAUUCCGUAUUUUGUGUACAUAAAUCAUGGAUUUAUUGAUUUUGUUGUAUUAUUAUUUUAAUUUAUCAACCUCGUUAUUAAUGUUAGUUUUAUUUAUGUUUAUAAUAGUAUUCACUGUAAAUUUAAUUUUUUUUUCAUUUUAUGGUUACUAGCCUUUGGCCUAAUUUUUUUUAAGAAAACAUUUUUAUCGUUGUAUUUAUACAAUAAUUGUUAAUAAUAUUGGCUAAAUAAUUGUGUUAGUUAAUAUAGGUUUAUCCCCCAACGAUCCAUCAGUUAAAUUCGUAAUUAUCACAAAUCACUCUACUUGUGCCAUAGUAAUAUGGUCAUGUAACUUUUUAUUAUCUAUAUAGGUAUGUCUGUGAUUGUAUUGAGUUGAAAUCUGAUUGGUAUUAUUCAUUAGGUAGUGACAUUAAAAAUUAAAACUUUAUAUAUUUUUUUUUUAUAGAGUUUAAAGACUAAAUGGGAUUUAGCAAUAUGUUUGUGUUAGUUUUUAAUAUUAUCAAAUAUUUUGAUUGAUCAAUUUUUUUACGGUUUUCAAAUUAGUAUCGUUGCUGAAAAAUAUUUAGCUAUUUUUGUAACGCAUUGGGUUUUUAUUGGAAAUUAACAAACCGACUCAAAGAAAUUCAACACGGGCAUUUUUUUUUACACUUGUGUAUUACAUUUAAAUUAAAAAAAAAAACAAUCUAUAAAAAGGUUUUAAUUUGAAUGCAUUCAAAACCCUAUGUUACAAUUUUAGACUUGUUUAAUGGUUUAUGUAUGUGAAAAAAUGUAAACAUUAAUUAAUAAUUAUCUUUUAAAUAAUUACUUUGUACGUAUACAUUUUUUCUAAUAUUUUCAUUGCCUAUGCUGGUUAUGAUUGUAGACUGUAUUUGUAAAUUUGUUAUAUUACCUAUUUGGGUCUUCAAUAAGCUAUGUGAUAAGAAACUAUGCCAUGCACAUACAUGACAAAAAUCCAUAUUUCCUUAAUAGUUAUUAUGGUACAUAAUUUAAACAAAUACAAUUUUUUUUUUAAUGUAUAAAAAGUAUUAUAUACGUGUACUAGCAUCGUGCGAUAUUCAUUUAAC